UUAAGUAGACACUAUUAUCUUAUAUAGUUAGUGAUUUAAACGUAUUUUCCUUAUCAUGAUUCAUAAAAAAUUAAAAAUUAUAAUAUAUUUAUAUUAAAUUAAUAUUUAAUAGGAAUAUAGAUAUGUAUUUGUAUUUAUAUUUUAUCAUAAGUAAUAAGUAAUAACAUGAUUUUAAAUUGUAAAUUAUAAUUAUUAAUUUAUGUGAAGUUAUUAGUGACUGGUGAGUGGUGACGAAAAAGUUGCAAUAAAUAAUGCAAAAUGAAUCUCAUCUUAAAGUAUAUUAAACGAAAAGUGUUAUUGUAUUGGAUCAUAAGAGUUUUUGUAUUAAGUAUUUUUUUAGUCAUUGGUAUUGUUGCAUAUUUUAUCUUGUUUCCAUCAAUAAUUUACAUAAAUUCAGUUGAUAUUCCAAAAUUUUUAGUGAAGACUAGUGCUGGUGAAUAUGAACUUCUAAAUAAAAGUACAUGUCCAAUAGUUGAAAUUAAUGAAGAAACAAGUCUAAUAAACGUUCAAAAAACUGUCAGCAGUAAACAACUAGAUUUCAUUAAGCAAUUUGUUUCUUCAGGUGGAGAAUGGAUGCCAAAACAUUGUAUACCUCAACAUCAUACUGCAAUUAUAGUAUGUUAUCGCAAUCGAACAGAACAACUUCAAACCUUUUUAUAUCAUAUGCAUUCAUUUUUACAAAAGCAAAAUAUACAUUAUCAAAUAUUUGUUAUAGAACAAACAUUUGAUGCUGAAUUUAACCGUGGAAAAUUAUUUAAUGUUGGUUAUCGAGAGGUUACCAUGCGUUCUUUAGCAGGAUGUUUUAUUUUUCAUGAUGUUGACUUAAUGCCAGAAAAUAUAAAUAAUAUUUAUGGUUGUACAGAUUGCCCAAGACACAUGAGUACUAGUAUCAAUGUUUUUAAUUAUAAAUUGCCAUACUAUAAUAUAUUUGGUGGUGCUAUUGCAAUGACACGUAGACAAUUUCACGACAUUAAUGGAUUUUCAAAUAUAUUUUAUGGAUGGGGUGGUGAAGAUGAUGAUUUAUUUAAUAGAGUUUACCAUAGAGGCUAUAGAGUUUGUCGUUACCAAUCAUUUAUAUCAAGGUAUACAAUGUUAACACAUGAAAAAGAAAUACCAAAUGAAAAUAGGAUGCAAUAUUUAAGAAAUGGCCCAAAACGAUUUUAUACAGAUGGAGUUGAUUCAGUUACUUACAAUUUGAUCAAAUAUGAACAAUUACCAUUAUAUACUAGAAUAUUAGUCAAAGUUUAAAAUACACUUAGAAAUUAUUUAAACUGAAGAAGAAACCAUAAUGGGCAUAAUGAUAAUGUGAAUCAUACACAUCAAAUUGGUUUGGUAUUAUAGAUCUAUUAUUUAACACAGUCAAUAGUCAUAAUAUUAGAUAAUGAAAACAUUUACUCAAUGGAAAUUUUUUUUUUAAAUAUUUUUAUAACUUAUCACUUAGAUUAGUUUUAUAUUUAAGUAUUAAAUUAGAUAUAAACCAUUAAUUAUGUACACAAUUGGUUAUUAUAAGCUUUAAAAAUAAACUACUUAUUGUACAACUAAACAAGAUUAGAAACUUCUAAUGUUAACAACAAUAGUAAUUAAUUAUAUAGUUUGCAAUUAAUUUAGGUACCUUACCAUGUCCAGUCUAAAUAAAUCAAGGUUUUGAAUUAAUAAAUUAUAAAUUAAGUUAUUUAUAUACUCUAAAAUAUAAGUUGACAUUAUAAGAAAUUGAAUGAUAUGAAAUAAGUCUGAUCUUAGAUUUAAACAUAAAUGUUAUUAUUUUAAGCAGUAAAAUGAGAAUAGUGGUAAUUUUUAAUCAGGGUGGAAUAUAGGUGUAUUAACGCUGUAUACUAGUUAUUAGUUAAGUAUUUAUAUUUAUAUUCCACUUUAUUUGUAAUUAUACAAAUAAAUUAUUAUCAAAAUAAUUUAUGUACAUAAAUAGUUACACAAGAAUAUUUUGUAAUAAUAGUUUAUUAUGAAAUAAAUACUUUGUAUUGAUGAUUUAUAUUAAUUAAAUGAUCAAAUUUAUCGUUGUUAAACAGUUUUUUUUUAUAAAAUAAACAAAUUAUCAUUGUACUUAACAA